UUUUUUAGAAUUAAAAACAUUUUAAAACAUUCCCGAACAUUUCCAAAACAAUUCCAAAACAUUUCAAAAACAAUGAACACAACAAUUAAUUUCUCUAUUAUUUUGUUUGUUUUCCUCGCAUUAAUUAUUAUCAGUCAACAAACACAAAUUCAACAAGAAGAACAACGGAGGGAACAAUUAACAGUUAAUGAAGAUAUUAACAAUUUUGCAGCUAAAUUAAAUAAGAAAAAACGUUUUCUGUCAACAACAGAACGACUAACAGGGAAAUCAGCAUUUUUAAACCGUCGAUUGCACAAAAGGGAAGCAGAUCCUAUGGAAGAGCAAAGCUGUGUUGUUAGAGUGCAAAAGGUCGAAACAACCGUAGGCAAAUGUGUCAUGUUAAGGGGUGGCAUUCGUGGUUGUCAAACAGAUUUACAUUUAGACCCGGAAAGUGCUGAUUGUAUGAUAGACUGA